AUGGAGCACCACGGCGGGGAGGAGAUGGACUCAAAAGAGGAAAGUCCUCAGGUGUGGGCUGACUCUGCUGAGCAGGAACAGAAUACUGCUCAGGUGCACUUUGUCCCUGAGGGGGGGACAGUGGCACAGAUUGUGUACAGUGAUGAGCAGGACCGUCCCUCGCAGCAGGUGGUCUACACGUCGGACGGCACCUCUUACACCUCCGUGGACACCUCGGAGCACACGCUCGUUUACAUCCAUCCCGUGGAAGCUACGCAGACUCUGUUUACAGAUCCGUCCCAAGUGGCUUAUGUCCAACAGGAUGCCACCACCCAGCAGGUAACUGUGCUCUUGCCUGCUGCUGCUCAGAGCAUGAAUCCUACCAACCUGUCCGUGCUCGGCAACGUUGCCGAAUCCCCCCAGCAAAUGGCUCUGGAGCAGGGUCCACAAGCAGAUAGAGCAUCAUUACCGGUGCAUAACCAGGUGUUACCUCCUAUGGAGGCAGUGGAUGGUUCUGACCCUUUAGCACCUCUGCAGAAUCAAAUGGGAAGGAUGGAAACAAAAGAGGAAGAUGAUGAGGAUGAAGAUGAGGAUGAAGAUGGGGAAGACACUGACAUGGAUGAAUGGGAUCCAGAUCCACCUCGACCCUUUGAUCCCAAUGAUUUGUGGUGUGAAGAGUGCAAUAAUGCACAUCCCUCUGUGUGUCCAAAACACGGACCUUUGCAUCCAAUCCCAAACCGGCCUGUGCUGACCAGGGCGAGAGCCAGCCUCCCCUUGGUGCUCUAUAUAGACAGGUUUUUGGGAGGUGUGUUCUCCAAAAGGCGUAUCCCCAAACGCACGCAGUUUGGACCUGUGGAAGGACCCCUGGUUAGACAAACUGAACUCAAAGACUGCUAUAUCCAUUUGAAGGUGUCUCUUGAUAAGGGUGACAGAAAAGACAGAGAUUUGCAAGAGGACCUGUGGUUUGAACUUUCUAGCGAGGCUCUUUGUAACUGGAUGAUGUUUGUGCGCCCAGCUCAAAACCAUUUGGAGCAGAACCUGGUAGCGUAUCAGUAUGGCCACCAUAUUUACUACACAACCAUUAAAAACGUGGAACCCAAGCAGGAGCUCAAGGUGUGGUAUGCUGCCUCUUACGCAGAGUUUGUGAACCAGAAGAUCCAUGACAUAUCUGAGGAGGAAAGGAAGGUUCUCAGAGAGCAAGAGAAGAACUGGCCGUGUUACGAGUGCAAUCGCCGCUUCAUGAGCUCAGAGCAACUCCAGCAGCACCUCAACUCCCAUGAUGAGAAGCUGGACUUCUUCAGCAGAGCCAGAGGCCGAGGUCGUGGGCGAGGAAAGAGGAGGUUUGGACCAGGCAGACGCCCAGGGCGCCCUCCCAAAUUCAUGCGUAUGGAAGUAACCAGUGAAAAUGGGGAAAAGUGUGAAGAAGGGACGCAGGACUUGCUGCAUUUUUCCAGCAAGGGGCAGUUUGAUGAGGCCGGACAAGUCACACUGAAUGGGUUGGAGCAGCAGGAACAGACUCCAGUGCCAUCAGAGACACAGUCGGCACUGGAGCAGCAGUCAGAAAACCACCCGCUACAAAUCCAGCCGCAGCACGAUGAGAGCACGGUGCCUACGCAGAGCACCAUGACGGCAGAUGACAUGAGGCGAGCAAAGCGUAUCAGGCUGGAGCUGCAGAAUGCAGCUCUUCAGCACCUGUUCAUACGGAAAUCCUUUCGCCCGUUCAAAUGCCUCCAGUGUGGGAAGGCCUUCCGCGAAAAGGACAAACUGGAUCAGCAUUUGCGGUUUCAUGGACGGGAAGGGAACUGCCCUUUGACUUGUGACAUCUGCAACAAGGGCUUCAUCAACAGCGGUGCUCUCGAGAGCCACAUGAAGUUCCACAUGGACCAGAAAACAUACUCCUGCAUUUUCUGCCCCGAGUCCUUUGACCGCUUGGAUCUGCUUAAAGACCAUGUGGCCAUCCAUGUCAAUGAUGGCUAUUUCACCUGCCCUACCUGCAAAAAACGCUUUCCAGAUUUUAUCCAGGUCAAGAAACACGUACGCAGUUUCCAUUCAGAAAAGAUUUACCAGUGUACAGAAUGUGACAAGGCUUUCUGCCGUCCUGACAAGCUGCGACUCCAUAUGUUGCGACACUCAGACCGCAAAGACUUCCUGUGCUCCACCUGUGGCAAGCAGUUCAAGAGGAAAGACAAGCUGCGAGAGCACAUGCAGAGGAUGCACAACCCAGAGAGGGAGGCCAAGAAAGCUGAUCGAAUCAGCCGCUCAAAAACAUUCAAGCCUCGGAUAGCUUCCACUGACUACGAGAGCUUCAUGUUCAAGUGCCGACUCUGUAUGAUGGGUUUCCGCCGGAGGGGGAUGUUGGUGAAUCAUUUAUCAAAGAGACAUCCAGACAUGAAAAUAGAAGAGGUGCCAGAGCUCACGUUGCCCAUCAUCAAACCCAACAGAGAUUACUUCUGUCAGUACUGUGAUAAGGUGUAUAAGAGUGCCAGUAAACGCAAAGCACACAUCCUGAAGAACCAUCCUGGUGCUGAGCUACCUCCAAGCAUCCGGAAACUGCGCCCUGCGGGUCCAGGAGAGCCAGAUCCCAUGCUAAGCACCCACACCCAGCUGACAGGCACUAUAGCCACCCCUCCGGUCUGCUGUCCUCACUGUUCCAAGCAGUACAGCAGUAAGACGAAGAUGGUACAACACAUUCGCAAGAAGCACCCGGAGUUUGCUCAGCUUCCUAACACAAUACAUGCCCCGCUGGCGACAGCUGUCAUCAGUUCCACUCCUGCCGUUUUAACCACCGACAGCACUACCGGAGAGACUGUUGUGACAACAGAUUUACUGACACAAGCAAUGACAGAGAUAUCCCAGACCCUCACAACAGACUAUCGGACUCCCCAGGGAGAUUACCAGCGAAUCCAGUACAUCCCUGUGUCUCAGUCCACAACUGGCUUGCAGCAGCCUCAGCACAUACAGCUGCAGGUUGUUCAAGUGGCCCAGGCUACCUCACCUCACCAGUCCCAGCACUCCACAGUGGAUGUUGGGCAGCUUCAUGACCCCCAGACAUACACCCAGCAUGCCAUCCAGGUGCAGCACAUCCAGGUCACAGAGCCAUCGCCAGCAACUCAGUCAUCGUCGCAGGUUGGAGGUCAGCCUUUGAGUCCCUCCUCACAGCAAUCUCAGCAGGAACUCAGCCCCUCGCAGAUGCAGACAACUACAUCGACACCAAACCAAGCCCUCCAGCAGCAGCAAGGGUCUUCAGUUCAGCACACAUAUCUUCCCAGCACAUGGAACUCAUUUCGGAGCUAUUCGUCUGAGAUUCAGAUGAUGACCAUUCCCCAAGGCCAGUACGUGAUCACAGAGACCGCUGUAGGUACACCGGUCACCACUGUCAACACAGGGCAAGUGAAAGCAGUUACUCAGACUCACUAUGUGAUAUCUGAAGGUCAGCCUGAUCUGGAUGUCAAACAAAACUCUUCGCUCUCCAGCGAGGUGCAGGUCGGUGUUUCCCAGCCACCAGCCCACGCGGAUACCUUGGAAUCGCAAACGAGCGGUCAGCAGCAAACCACCCAGUACAUAAUCACUACAACCACCAACGGGACCGGUGGCAGUGAGGUGCACAUCACUAAACCAAGAACUUUCUCAGCAGAACACGAAUGAAGGAGCCUCGCGGUGUCACUUGCUUGUACUUGUCACCUCCCCCCGAAAGCCCAGAUACAGGGGUAUCCUGGAGCUCAGUAUGUUUUCAAGUAUAUGCUCACUUAACUUCAACUAAAAUCUUGGAGCUCUUAUUAAUGCUUUGAGAGGGUUUAAGGUCCCCAGUGACCAUGAAGAAGCACCCUCAAAAGCCUUCUGGGAUGCCAUUUUAUGCAGCUUUUAACAAAAAGGACAAGAGGAGAAGUGAAAUCUCUGCUUGCUCUGGACUUUAUUUUUGGCAUGUCUGCUGACCCUUAUUUUUCCUUUUUGGAAGUGUCUCCAGUAAACAACUGCUUAUUGCAAUUAUAUGGGAAAAAGCUUGCCUAAUUGAAGGCUAACUGGCAGAUUAUGUUGUAUGUAUAUUUUUAAUAGGAGCCGUUAAACCGAAGGACAUCGUGUAAAUUGCCAGAGUAUGGCAGAACUGCUUCCCGUGUCUUUGUUCAGCAGCCAAGGUGAAAGGGAAUAUACCGGCUCAGUGCGAGCAGACUGCCUGGGGAAAAAGAGCAGCAGCAGCAAACUGGUGGCUCCUUGCAUACGUGUGCGGGGAUGGAUAUAACAAGCUGUGAAGACGUGCCGAAGCAGUCCAUUAAAUUAUUAUUUUUCCAGCCCUCGAGAACUGUUUACAUGCUGUCUGCCCUGCCCUAUUUUACCAAGCAGUUCCAGAAAGAAUGAAAAGUGCAGUCUUAAACCCAUGUUUGGAACAAACUGAUCGGAAUCGUAGUAGCGUGUUAAGGGUAGUACGGAGCCACUGUUA